CUUUAAGAGCGUCUGUCGCUGUCAUUGACGAAAUUUCCUGGUGUGAAGUGAGUCUUGCUGGAUAUCAACAACAGACUGAAACGAACCCCCAAAUGAUUGUUUGCCGUUUGCAUGCGAUUCUAAUCCGCAAUAACGCUGGGAAUAGCAUCUGACAGCUCGGGGAAUCGCCUCGGUAGAUAAAUGUGUCCGCUCGGGCAUUUUACGCCGGGGUUUUCAUCGAACUGGUAGCAGGUGGCGACGGAGCGGGGCGAAGCUCGGAAUAUCCAUGCCUUCCUGUUAAUGAAACUUAAUUACGAAUUCCGUGCAAGGGUUGCCACCCGCCAUGUUAAGAUAAAGACACAGAUCUCUGUGUUGAACAUGCUAAAGCGAUUGGAUAAGAUAAGGUUCAGAGGACCGAAGCGAGAUGAGUUCCUGGACCUUGCCGAGUCCCCCACUGCAUCUGACAGCGAAUGUAAUGAUGACAUCCCAGUGAAACACCGGAGCUCCAUCAAAGAAACGGAAGAGCAGCAAGACCCUGCUGGUUCAGGGACUCUUACCAUGUCUGCUGCUCCCAUCCAGGACUACAAGAUGAGUGAUGCCGACCGACUCAAUGAGGUCAAAGGUCACCUGGAGAUAGCCUUACUGGAAAAGCACUUUCUUCAGGAGGAGUUGAGGAAGCUCAGAGAGGAGACAAAUGUUGAGACCCUAAAGCAGGAACUGGAGAAAGAGAAAUCAAAAAGAGUCGAUCUCGAACAGAAAAUGAAUGAAAUUCUCAGAUCCAGACUAGAAGAUUCACCACCUCCACCUCCAAAAUCACAAGUCACUUCUGUCAAUGGUACAGGGGACAAACAGAAGGAGACCUUAAGCUCUCAGCUGUGGAAAUGGCUCUAUGAGCGCUUUGGUGUUUAUAUCGAAGAUUUCCGCUUUCAGCCAGAGGAAAAUACAGUCGAGACUGAGGAACCACUAAGUGCUAAAAGAUUAACUGAAAAUAUGAGACGACUCAAACGGGGUGCUAAGCCUGUAACUAACUUCAUGAGGAACCUUUCUGCCUUAUCCAGCUGGCACUCUGUCUACACGUCAGCCAUCGCCUUUAUUAUCUAUAUGAAUGCUGCCUGGCAUGGCUGGGUUAUCCCCAUGUUUCUAUUUUUAGCCAUUCUACGGUUGUCCUUGAAUUACCUUAUAGCAAAAGGUUGGAGGAUACAGUGGAGCAUUGUGCCUGAGGUCUCCGAACCAGUGGAACCUCCAAAGGAAGAUCUUACGGUUUCAGAGAAGUUUCAGUUAGUGUUGGAUGUUGCACAGAAAGCACAGAAUCUAUUUGGAAAGAUGGCAGACGUAUUGGAAAAGAUUAAAAACCUGUUCAUGUGGGUGCAGCCUGAAAUCACACAGAAGCUUUAUGUUGGUUUAUGGGUGGCCUUCAUCACCUCCUGUUUGCUGCCAUAUAAACUCUUGGGCUUCAUGAUUGACAGACGGCAGAUCCAGCCGGUGGUGGCGCGCAGUAAUCAGUCGGCUGGGAUGUCAUGUGGGAUUGGCCGUGAGGAGGAAAGCGGACGGGCCUACAACACCAAAAGAGGUCCUUUUCAUGAAGUCUUCAGCUUGUCAGAGAAUGAGCGCCCCCUGCCAGUGUGCGAGAAUGGAUGGAGAUGUUGCUUGAUCAACAGAGACAGAAAAAUGCCAACCGACUACAUCCGCAAUGGUGUCCUCUAUGCCACAGAAAAUUACCUGUGUUUCGAGAGCUCCAGCUCCCGGGCGACAUCCUCAAAGAAAAAUAAAGUCAUCAAGCUCCAAGACAUCACAGAUAUUCAGAAGUACAAAGUGUUGUCAGUAUUGCCUGGAUCUGGGAUGGGGAUCUCAAUUACAACGCCAUCCACUUUAAAGCCUCUAGUGUUUGGUGCCAUGAUUCAUCGGGACGAGGCCUUCGAUGCCAUUCACACUCAGUACAUGAAGAUCAUGAAUUCCACAGCAGCUACGACAGUCACAAACCCAGAGACAUAGUCUCACCCGGAUCAACAUAUGACAUAAGGUAGUCCAUAAGGCAGCCAUAUCCUAUACCCCUAUAUGGAGACGAUGGCUUCCAGAAGUUGUCUGCCCCAUCUCCAACCCAAAACGAUGGAGAAACUGCAAAGAAACUGUUUUUCAUAUUCUCUUUUAGAUUCUACGUGAGUAUUAGGAGGAGUAUUUUAUAUAAUGUUCUCUCAAACAGCAUACCAUAAUCUUACACAAGUGUUUGCCAGGAUGGGUCUCGUUUUAUAAGGUUAGGGGAUCAUUGUGCUUCUUGUGUGUCAGAACAGGAGCUGGUACUCCUUUGUGUCUCAUGGAGGGCUUUGUGUGAUCUGUGUGUAGUCAGACCAUAUAACCGUCUCUGAACUUACCACCAUUUUCACUUAAUUGCAUCACCGCUGGCCUUGCACAAAGAAACACUGCACUUAGUGUUGCUAAGAGCUUUUAGAAGUGAUUUAGGAGGGAAAGGAACAAACUCAACAGUCAACAGAAAUCCAUAUGCGCAAAGCAGCUCGUAACUGCCGGCCACAUUGUUCUUUGGGGCGCGCCAACUUUCUCUUCAGUAUUUGUGGUACUUGUGUUAACUUAUCACAUAGAUACAACCUCAUAUUUUAAAGGAGUAGUGCACAUAAAAAAUUAAUUUUGCGGUUUACUCUCCCUUAUGUUGUUUUUUAAACUCAUAAAACACGAAAGGAGAUAUUUAGGCAGAAUGUGCAAGCUGCUCUUUUCCUUACAAUGAAAGUCAGUUGUUUAAAGGGAUAGUUUACCCAAAAAUGAAAAUUCUGUGAUCAUUUAUUCACACUCAUGUUGUUCCAAACCGGUGUGACUUUCUUCCUUCAGCGAGAUGCAAAAGAGAUGUUCUUGAAGAGUUUUUAAUUCUUUUUGGCCAUUCAAUGAAAGUCAGUGGGGUUCAAAUCAACAGUGGACCCCACUGGCUUUCACUGUAUGGACUAAAAACAGUCAGACAUGCUUUUAAAAUAUUAUCUUUUGUA